CAAAAAAGAAGAAAAAAAUGAAAAAGGCUUAAAACUAACAUCAGCAAGAGUUGCCUUACAAACCACGUUUCUCUUGCUCUUAAAAACCCACUAUUUAGGGCUCUUCUGUUUCACAUUCUGCCUUUUUUUUUUUUUUUUUUUUUUUCUUUUUGGGUUUCUCCCCAUAACACAAUAUCCAUCUUUCACUUCUCUUUUCUUUUCUUUUUCCUCAAAACCCUUUUUUCUUAACCGUUUCUUUCUCUUUUCCCUUUUUCUCUCUUAUUAAAACUCGUUUUAAAGCUGUGUAUCUUCUCACAAAUUCCUAUACAUCUAUUCAUCUCUUUCUAAAAACCUUAACUUUUAAAGCAUGGCUGCUGCUGCUGCUGCUGCUGUUGUUAAUAAACAAGAUCAUUUGGAAUUGCCCCCUGGUUUUCGAUUUCAUCCAACUGAUGAAGAACUCAUUUCUCAUUACUUGUUUGAGAAAGUUAUGGAUAGUAGUUUCUGCUGCAGAGCAAUUGGUGAUGUUGAUCUUAACAAAUCCGAGCCUUGGGAUUUGCCUUGGAAGGCGAAAAUGGGAGAAAAAGAGUGGUAUUUUUUUUGUGUUAGAGAUAGAAAAUACCCAACUGGAUUGAGGACGAACAGAGCAACUGAAGCUGGGUACUGGAAAGCUACUGGAAAAGAUAAAGACAUUUAUAGAGGAAAAUCUCUUGUGGGUAUGAAGAAAACUUUGGUUUUUUAUAGAGGAAGAGCUCCAAAAGGUGAAAAAUCUGAUUGGGUUAUGCAUGAAUAUCGAUUAGAGGGUAAACUCUCUGCUUUAAACCUCCCAAAAACUGCCAAGAAUGAGUGGGUGAUUUGUAGAGUAUUUCAGAAGAAUUCAAGUGGGAAAAAAGUGGAUAUUUCUGGGAUAUCGAAAUUGGGUCCUUUUGGGAAUGAAUUUAGCCAUUCAAUUCUUCCUCCAUUAACAGAUUCAUUACCAUUUAAUGGAGAAACCAAACGCCCUGUUGUUCAAUUGGCUAAUAACAAUAACGUGCCCUGCUUCUCCAUCGCCAUAGAUUCUCAAACAAAACUCGAACCAAUGGCUUCUUCUUACAACAACAAUACUUCUUUAUUCUCUGCAAUCCCCAAUCCAAUCGAUUCAUUUCCUAGAAACCCACAUUCAAACUCAAUGUAUUCCCCUCCAAAUCAUACCUUCUCCCCCCUUCCUCCUCCAAAUCUCCAAUUCACAAACUCUCUCCUUUUACAAGACCAACAAUCUCUCCUCCGAGCUUUGAUUCAGAACGUCAAUGGCGGAAACACACUCAAAACAGAGAGAGAAAAAAUCAGUAUCUCCCAAGAAACCUGCCUCACCACCGAUGUCAACAACGAAAUUUCAUCCGUUUUUCCAAAUCUUGAAAUGGGUCGAAGGCCGCCGUUUGAUACUUCCCAAGAACCUCCACCGGGUCCCAUGGCACCGAUCGACCUCGACGGGUUCUGGAAUUACUGAAAUUAACACAUCAGCCAGAUGAAGCUGAAGAAUUAAAAAAAAAAUUAUAUAUAUAUAUACACACACACACACACAUAUAAUAAAUGGGAAUUUUGGGAUUUGGUUUAGUUAUAGAAUGUGGGUGUUUAUUUGUCUAGAUUAUCAAAGAAUCAAAGUAAAUGUGUGGAAAUUAAGGUCAAUUAAUAUUAGAAUUGUAUGAAGAGAGAAGGUGGGGUUGGUUUUGUGUUGAAAUUAUGAUUGGAAGAUAUUUGGGAAAGAAAAAUGAAAAUGAAGACUUGAAAGAAUAGGAUUGAUUCAGUCGGUGGAUAACUAAUCUACUCUUUGUUUAAUAAUAUUUCUUUCUGUCC